AUGUUUCUUCCCCCCGGAAACAUGAAUCAACAGUUCCGCUACAUGUUGCAGACCGUGUUGCUGACAGCGUGGUUUGUAGGAGAACUGUGGGGAGCUUUAUAGUUUCUACACGGACACGGACACAUAUUGAGGUUAGUGACGUCAGCGUCACAACAUAACAUAACAACAUUGAACAGGUAAAAAGUAACGUUACCGACGGAACAUUGUUUAGGUUACACCCUGCUGGUUACAGUACUCUAGAGGGGUCGGGAGAAACCGAAAGUGAAACUAAAAACUAAAAACACCAGAGAAGCAUGAACUGACUGGAUGUCCGUCUCUGAACCUCAUGACAACCAGGAACAACAGGAACAACCACAACGAUAAUCAUGUUCAGUUUCCUUGGACUCCGUAAAGACUCAAAGAAGUCAACAUCCGAGAAGGAAGUAGAUGGAGGCUUUGUUAUCGUUGGAGAGACGGUUGAUGAACAGAGAAGGAAGGUGCAGACCAUGAACAUCGCACAGCCGUCAACAAACGUCGUGGUGCAGCCAUCGAGGUCAUCCUGUGCAGCUGUAGCUCAACCGGUCAACAUGAUGUACCCUACGGUGUUUGCUACCGCGGCGCCAACAGCAGGGAUCUCAACCUCAACGGUGGAAGCUGCUUCAACUCUCCCAGAUCUCCUCGGGGACGUUCCCUUCACUCUGGCUCCCCAUGUCCUGGCCAUGCAGGCGGGGCUCCCCCUCAUCACUGACGUGCUGCUGUCCCGGGACAUAAACUACAACCUGGCUAACUUUCAGUACGACUUCACUUUAGAGAACUCUGUGCUUCAUAACGCCUAGUCCGUUAGAAUAUGUUUAAUAUCAGCGCUGGCACCAGUGACUGUCAGGCCUUAGGCACACUUCAGAUACAGUAAAGUACAGAGUGUUGUGUCGUCUAACUGAACAGGAUAAUUACGCUUUAUUACUACUUGGAUUUCUGGCAGUUAUGAUGACCGUGCACUCAUAAAGGAAUUUGCUGAGAUCUGGUAACAUUGAGACAAAAGUGGCUGCAUGUGUCCUCGACUGUGAACGCAGCACCGUGGCUGCUAACUCUCCCUGACGGUGAACUGGGGACUCGGUUGUCUGUUGUUCUCACACACUGCAGCUGGACGCACUAAUCUUGCCAGUUAACGGUUAAUAAUCGGUUAACGAGGGUCAGUUAUUGGUUUAAAAAUAAAUAAUUCUAAAUUAGCAUCCCUAGGUCUCAGCUUUAGGUCUACUUCCUGCUUGUUUUACUUGCCCUGUCAGACUUUUUAGUGAUGCCUCCGUUUUGCCAGAUCUCAGCAGUUAACUUGGAGAG